CCUAAAAGCAAUUAAACCGAAGUGCUUCCGGGUCAUGCGAAUUUUUUUAAACAGAUUCAUUUUUUCAUAAAAUAUAUUUUUAUUUUCAUCAAAAAAAUUAUUAGGUUAGUCAAUCUUAACCUCACUUUGCCACAUGACACUGACACUAAUGACAGCUCAAAAAUAAAUAAUCGUCGAGCUUUCCUAUUAAAUGUAAACAAAUGUGACCCGCUAUCGUAUGUACUAACUCAUUUUUGUGGUACUGAACAUUUAAGCUUCUGUAUCUUAGAAAAAAAUAAACCAUGGCUGCGACCUGGAACAAUGAAUAUUACAUCGCUUUGGAAGGAAGAGAUUUACAAGCAAAUGCAAUGGCUGUUGAUAAUUCAGGAACUUACGUUUUACUAGCAGGGCGGAGGUAUAUCGCUAUAAGAAACCUAGAUGAAGACUUGGAAGUUGUUCAAAAGUUCCCAAGACAGAGUAAAUAUGAUGUUGGAGCGGCUGAAUGGAACCCAACUAAUCACAACCGGGAGCUUUGUGUGAUAUCAAGCAAUCAGCGAUUAGAAGUCCUGACUUGGCGUUCGCAAGAGCUGAUCCAGACCCACUCAUUACGAGCCCACACUCGUGUCAUAACCGAUUUAAAUUGGCACCGCAGCGACCCCAACCUCCUUGCCUCCUGUUCCGUCGACACAUUCAUCCACAUCUGGGACUUGAGAGACGCUCGCCGUCCCUCACUAUCCCUAUCAGCAAUAGCGGAAGCCUCUCAAGUGAGAUGGAACAAACUCUCAUCACACCUGCUAGCCACAGCUCACGACGGCGAUAUCAAAAUUUGGGAUCAGCGAAAAGGAACGGCUCCUGUGCAGUACGUCGCGGCUCAUUUAUCGAAAAUCCACGGUCUGGAUUGGAACCCUAACGUUGAGACGCAAUUAGCGACUUCGAGUCAAGACAAUACCGUGAAAUUUUUUGAUAUGAAUAAUCCGCGACGGGCUGAGUAUGUUUUGACGACGAAUGCACCAGUGUGGAGGGCGAGGUUUACGCCUUUUGGGAAUGGUCUGGUAACGGUGGUGGUGCCCCAGCUGCGACGAGGCGAAAAUAGCUUGUUGCUGUGGAAUACGGCCAAUAGGUCGACUCCUAUGCACACUUUUGUGGGACACAGGGAUGUGGUUUUGGAGUUUGAGUGGAGGAAGCAAAGGCCGGGGUCGCCAGACUUUCAACUGAUUACGUGGUCGAAAGAUCAAACAUUGUUAGUCUGGAAAAUCGAGCCGUUCCUUCAGAAGUUGUGCGGGCACGAACCGGACGAACCGCGUGAAGAAAUCGCCAUCAACAAUGAGUCUUCCGAAGUAGUCAAAGUCAAGAAAAAAACCUCGCCCAAAAUCCAACCCCUGCAGCAAGAAUUCUCCCUUUUAAAUGUCCACAUCCAUAACCUGGAGGUCACAGCGAUGGAUCCUGUAAGUCGGACUUGCACGGUCUUCGCCAAUGUCAACAACUUUUCCGUUUACUUGCAAGUCUCAUUUCCUAACGCUUAUCCUCACGGUGUCCCUCCAACGUUCCAAAUUCUGCAUGAGUCCUCAGUCACGGAAACUGCAGGCUCCCAACUCCUCCAAACCUUGAACCAUUUAGCCCAACAGAGAGUAUCAAAAAAUCGCACUUGUUUGGAGUCGUGUCUCCGGCAAAUGGUAACGACACUAGAGCAACUGUCGACGGAUUCGGAAAACGACCGAAUAUUCGAUAAUUCGUACACGGAACCGAACGUUUUCGGGGGGUAUAACGACGCUUAUAUCCCCUUUCCCCGCACUUCGGGAGCCAAAUUCUGUUCRGUGGGGAUUUUGGUUUGUUUCGGACGCGCUCCACACACUAGGAGGUACUCGGGGAAGGUGGAGRCCACGACGCCGAGGGCGUUGUCGGCUUUGGAGGCGGUGUUCUCGAAGAGAUCGAGCGAUCAUGUGACGGUGUCUGCGUAUUAUUAUCAAAAGCAAAGAUUGAGAGUGAAACACUCGAGGAAUGCGUCAAAAGCGAUAGUGCAUGUGUAUGAUGUUUCGGGGUUGUUGCUCACGAAUAGACAGUUGGCAGAAGAGUAUAUUUUGGAUGGGGAUAUCGCCACGAUUUGUAAACAUAAUGCRGCKAGUGCGGCCGUGGUUGGACGCUGGGAUUUGGUCCAGGCUUGGACGUUAGCGGAACUUAUAGCAUGUACGCAGAAUAAGGACGAGGAGUGGUAUAAUCAUCCGUUUGGGAACCAGCUUUCGGAAGCCUUAAUUUCACAUUACGCCCAACAUUCUGAUAUUCAGAUGGCAGCCAUGCUGUCAUGYAUAUUUGGGAAAAAUGAAGUCAACUAUACUCACCAAUCAUCAAAAAAGUCCUUGAAAUUUACAAACGAUACCUCUCCUUAUCACACAAUUCCCCCCAUGGAUCUACCGUCCGACGAAUGGGUAUUUCCCACAUUAAAACACAUGCGAUCGACUUCAUUGGACAGUCUUCGUUUAAACGAAAUCAAAAACCUCAUGCCUAACAAAAAUCCGUCUUCAUCGCUUUACGAAUACUUCAAAUUGUCAUACGCUGAAAUUCUUCACAGAUGGGGUUUUUUAUACAACCGUGCUGAAGUUCUUAAAUACAUGUGUGGGCCUCCAGAGCAACAUAAAGGCGUUGAGUUUUUAACCGAUUGUAAGAAUUGUUUAAAACCGGCCAAACAUUGUACGUGUAGUAAUUGCAAAAAAUUCUCYUUGAAUUGUAUUAUAUGCCAUUUGUCUGUCAGGGGAUCAGCGAAUUGUUGCAUCGUUUGUGGUCAUGGGGGCCACACAAAGCAUUUGAAACAGUGGUUUGAAAAACGCGAUGUUUGUCCGUCAGGGUGCGGCUGUAGGUGCCUUACAGAGACAGCUACGAUUUUUGCCACUUGAGAAAAAGACUUACCAGAAAUCUAUUGUUAAAUAUUUAUUACAGUUUGUAAACUGACGUUUUAAGAAAUAAAUAAUAGGCCAAGACAUUCAUUACCUUAAAAUUUAAAAAUGCAUCAACCCGAAAAAAAAUCUUUUAAAUCCUUUUUGUAACGAAAGCACAGAUUAUCUGUGACGAAAGUAUUUGUUUAGUUACUCGAUGAGCACCAAAAUGCGAUUUUUGUCUUUACUCUCGUUUUAAUCAUUUGUUUAAAUUUUUUGGAUACAUGGUAGAUAUUUUUGUUAUCCAUGUGAAUUGUGACUAGCCAAAAAUUUAAAUCCAGCACUUUUAGUUUCAACUAACUAGUUUAAGUUAAAAGAUUGUUUUGUAACUUAAUUGUUUAUUUUUUAUUUCCUCGUAGUGAAAGUUUAAAUAAAAAACUGUAUUUCUUAAUUUAGUUUUACAGUUCCCUGUA